AUGACCAGCCAGGCUUCCCCAGAGGAGGCUAGGCCUCCCAGGCCUGGGCCAAAGAGCUUCCUGCUCACAGAGAUGAGGAAUGCGUCAGGGUUUCUGAAAACAGCCGGAGCUCCCCUGGUGUCAGCGACCUGGCUUCCACCCAGCCCCCCUCCGGCAAUGCCCACAGUGGCAGCCGGGCCACAGAUGGAGCGCGUGGACAACGGCUCGCAGGGGCCCCCCCAGCUCUUCCUCACCAGCGCAUUGGCCCGAGGCGUGUCAGGCGUAUUUGUAUGGACUGCUCUACUGCUAACCUGCCACCAGAUCUACUCCCACCUGCGUUCCUAUACCGUCCCGCAAGAACAGCGCUUCGUCAUCCGCCUCCUCUUCAUUGUGCCCAUCUACGCCUUCGACUCAUGGCUCAGCCUCCUCCUCCUCGGGGGCCAUCCAUACUACGUCUACUUCGACUCUGUGCGAGACUGCUACGAAGCAUUUGUAAUCUACAGUUUCCUGACCUUGUGCUUCCAAUAUCUGGGGGGAGAGAGCGCCAUCAUGGCUGAGAUCCGUGGCAAACCUAUCAGGUCCAGCUGCUUCUAUGGGACUUGUUGCCUCCGUGGCAUGUCCUAUUCCAUCACUUUUUUACGUUUCUGCAAGCAGGCCACACUACAGUUCUGCAUCGUGAAACCAGUCAUGGCUUUGAUCACCAUCAUCCUCCAGGCUUUUGACAAAUACCACGAUGGGGACUUCAACAUCCACAGUGGCUACCUGUAUGUGACCCUUGUGUACAACGCCUCGGUUAGCCUGGCUCUCUACGCUCUGUUCCUUUUCUACUUCGCUACCAGGGACCUCCUGAGGCCCUUCGAGCCAGUACUCAAGUUCCUCACCAUCAAAGCCAUCAUCUUCCUCUCCUUCUGGCAGGGAAUGUUGCUGGCCAUCUUGGAGAGGUGUGGGGUCAUCCCCGAGGUCCAGGCUGUGGAUGGCACCAGGGUGGGGGCUGGUACCCUGGCUGCUGGCUACCAGAAUUUCCUCAUCUGCAUUGAGAUGCUAUUUGCCUCACUUGCGCUGCGCUAUGCCUUCCCCAGCCAGGUGUACUCAGAGAAGAAGAACUCACCAGCCCCGCCAGCACCCAUGCAAAGCAUAUCCAGUGGCUUGAAGGAGACCAUCAGCCCACAGGACAUUGUCCAGGAUGCCAUCCAUAACUUCUCACCAGCAUACCAGCAGUAUACACAGCAGUCCACACACGAAGCUCCUGGGCCUGGCCAGGGUGAGCACCCAUCACCCAACACCCACCCUGGCCCAGCCAGUGGCUCUGGAGGGGGUAAGAAGAGUCGCAACAUAGAGAAGCGCAUGCUGAUUCCCUCAGAGGACCUGUAG